AGUCUCUGCAGUUCGCUGAUUGGCCGCUAUGGUCGGUUGCCACGGAGACAGGCCCGGGUAGUUGCAGCGCUCUAGGCCGGGCAGUUUGUAGGCUGCAGAGGGCGGGGUUUGCCUAUUAGGUGUGUGUGAGAGGUCACGGGAAGCGGCUCUUACAGCAGCCAGUGACGUCCCCGGUUCCCAGGCCGCCCUCUCCCGCCUCUCCUUCCCCGGGACCCCCACCACAGCCAGCACCGUCGCCAUGUCCUCCGGAGGAGACUUCGGUAACCCGCUCAGGAAAUUUAAACUGGUCUUCCUGGGAGAGCAGAGCGUUGGGAAAACAUCUCUAAUCACAAGGUUCAUGUACGACAGCUUUGACAACACCUACCAGGCAACAAUUGGUAUUGACUUCUUAUCAAAAACAAUGUACUUAGAAGACCGAACAGUGCGGCUGCAGCUGUGGGACACGGCAGGUCAGGAGCGGUUCAGGAGUUUGAUCCCUAGCUACAUUCGCGACUCCACUGUGGCAGUUGUUGUUUUUGAUAUUACAAACGUGAACUCAUUCCAGCAAACGACAAAGUGGAUCGAUGACGUCAGGACGGAGCGGGGGAGUGAUGUCAUCAUCAUGCUGGUGGGGAAUAAAACAGAUCUUGCUGAUAAGAGGCAAGUGUCCAUUGAGGAGGGAGAGAGGAAAGCCAAGGAGCUGAAUGUAAUGUUUAUCGAAACCAGCGCUAAAGCCGGAUACAAUGUAAAACAGCUUUUCAGACGUGUGGCGGCCGCACUGCCCGGCAUGGAAAGUUCACAGGACAAGAGCAGAGAAGACAUGAUCGACAUCAAACUGGAAAAGCCCCAAGAAGCCCCCGUCAACGAAGGCGAUCGCUGCACAGGCUCAUCUAAUAUAUAUAAAUAG